AGCUUUCUCGACGGAUAAAAAGGCAGAAAUUUGCUUUUUUGCCUGACGAAUAAAGGGGCAAACUUCGAUUCGGGUUGGAUUCUGAAUCCCAACAGGCUUUCCUAUCUUUUUAUCAGGAAAAAAAAAAAAAGGGUACAAAAGCAAGAUAGACAAAAGGCGAGGCAGACAUUCGAGCCGUGUGCCAAUUGGUCACUCAUCGCCCCAGCCCCGUCUCGAUAUCGUCUUCGUCGUCGUCUUCCCCUGUUCAUCAAGAAUCAUUUUGUGGCCAUCUUUUUUGUUUUUCUCUUCCUUUUCUCUCGUAAUUAGGUGAUGAUGAUCCUCCGUCCAGUCUACCAACCAACCACUUAUAAAUAAAGGCGUCUCACCCGCCGCUCGCUUCUCGUCACUCCCUCCCUUCUCCCUGACCGAGUGGCAGGAGCCAGCCUGCAAAAACCGCCAUUGAAAUCAUCACCAAACAAACUACAAACCUCUUCCAUGGCUGAAUUUACAUGACGCAAUCCGAUCCCUAACCACCCAUGAUUCUGCCCUGUUUUACGAAAUCAAAGUACGGUUUUGUGGAAAAGGGGUGCUAUCUGCGUGGUGACUCUUUGAAGGAAGGUAGAGAGAAGUUGCAGCAACCUUUACGCUUCCAAAUUCGGGAACCCCCUGCUCCAGCACCUUUUAUGGUUACAAAUCCUGGCCAGCAAUUCCAGGAGAUAGUGAUUUUCGAUUAACUUAACAAAGAAAGAUUCUACCUUUGGCCAACUUGAGAAUCUCUUACCAUGGAUGGCUUGUGGGAGAUGUUCUGUGGGAAAACGGGGACUCCUGAUGGAGGACAGCUGCUGAAUUCCAUCUCCAUGUUGUUCUUGCAUCAUCCCACUUCUUGUGCCAAUCAAGCAAUCGUGAUCUGCUUCGACUUUGUCCUUCUUGCUCUGCUCCUGUUCAACUUCAUACGAAGAUCAUCAUCACCAUUCAAAAUGGAUAAUGUUCUGCCGCGAUUUCGAGCUCAUUCGAGGUUGCAGCUAGGAUCUGCAGUCUUCAAUGGCUGCCUUGGUCUCGUCUACUUGUUAUUAGGAGUAUGGAUUCUGGAAGAGGAGUUGAGGGUACAUGACACCGCGUUGCCGAUGAAGAACUGGCUGCCAUUUUUCCUCCAGGGCUCAACAUGGUUGCUGAUUGGAUUGGUCAUAAGCCUUCGCGGAAGAUCUCUUCCCGAAUUCCCACUCAAGCUUCUCUCCAUUUCCGCAUUGUUGUUUGCCUCAAUUGUCUGUGGAUUGUCCGCGUUUGCAGCAAUUGUAGAUAGAGUUGUUGGAGUGAAGGUAGUUGCAGAUGUGCUGUCGCUUCCAGGAGCUUUUGUGUUGGUGUUAUGCGCUUACAAGGCGCUUGAUAGCAAUGAAGAGGCUGAAAAUGGCCUGUAUGCUCCAUUGAAUGGCUGCAAUGGUGUAGAAAAAGAUGAACUCACUACUCCGUUUGCAAAAGCAGGAAUCUUUGGCACCUUGUCAUUCUGGUGGCUGAAUCCGCUCAUGAAAAUCGGCCGAGAGAAGACGCUGGAGGAAACCGACAUCCCCAAACUAAGGCAUGCAGAUCGAGCAGAGACUUGCUACAUGGACUUCCUCGAGCAGCUUAGCAACGAAAAGCCAUCUCAACAACAACCACCAUCAUUACUGUGGACGAUAGUGAGAUGUCACUCGAGAGAGAUUUUAGUUUCAGGGCUCUUUGCUUUCUUGAAGAUAGUCACAGUCUCAGCUGGUCCAAUGCUUCUCAACUCCUUCAUACUCGUCGCAGAAGGAAACUCCAGCUUUGAAUAUGAAGGCUAUCUGCUCGCUGUAACCCUUUUUCUGUGCAAAUGCGUAGAGUCCUUAUCACAGAGACAAUGGUACUUCAGGUCUCGGCUCAUCGGCCUGAAAGUCCGAUCUCUACUCACAUCCGCCAUCUACAAGAAGCAAUUGAAGUUAUCAAACGCAGGCAGAUUGACACACUCUGCAGGGGAGAUAAUGAACUACGUUACAGUAGAUGCUUACCGAAUCGGCGAGUUCCCCUUCUGGUUUCACCAGACGUGGACCACAAGCUUGCAGCUCUGCCUCUCGCUGGUGAUCCUCUUCCGUGCAGUCGGCUUAGCCACGUUCGCUGCAUUGGCGAUCAUCGUGCUGACGGUUCUCUGCAAUGCUCCGCUCGCAAAGCUUCAGCACCUGUAUCAGACGAAGCUGAUGAUGGCACAGGACGAGCGGCUGAAGGCUUGCGGGGAGGCCUUGGUGAAUAUGAAGGUGCUGAAGCUGUAUGCCUGGGAGAAACAUUUCAGGACUGUGAUAGAGAAGCUGAGGGAAGUUGAGUACACAUCGCUGAGAGCUGUGCAGCUCAGGAAGGCGUAUAAUGGCGUUCUGUUCUGGUCUUCACCCGUUUUGGUCUCUGCUGCUACGUUUGGAGCUUGUUACUUCCUCAAAGUUCCACUCCACGCGAAUAAUGUCUUCACCUUCGUAGCAACGUUGAGGCUGGUUCAGGAGCCUGUGAGGUCGAUCCCUGAUGUUAUCGGGGUGGUGAUUCAGGCGAAGGUGGCAUUCGCGAGAAUUGUGAGGUUUCUCGAGGCGCCAGAGCUUCAGAAUGUGAGUCACAGUCAACGGAGCAGCAAUGUGGGUGGUGCUGAUUAUGCUGUUCGCAUAAAGUCGGCAGAUUUUUCAUGGGAAGAGAACUCUUCUUCAGCAAAGGCUACACUGAGAGAUGUGAGUUUGGAGGUCCGGCCUGGUGAGAAGGUGGCAGUCUGUGGAGAAGUUGGCUCCGGAAAAUCAACCCUUCUGGCGGCUAUUCUUGGAGAAGUUCCAAACACCCGAGGAUCUGUUCAAGUUCAUGGGACAGUGGCCUAUGUUUCUCAAACGGCUUGGAUUCAGACUGGGAGCAUACAAGAGAACAUCUUGUUUGGGUCUGCCAUGGAUAGACGGCGAUAUCAAGAUACUCUCGAGAGAUGUUCCUUGGUGAAGGAUCUUGAGCUGCUGCCCUAUGGAGAUCGAACCGAAAUCGGGGAAAGAGGAGUCAACUUGAGUGGUGGUCAAAAGCAGAGGAUUCAGCUUGCUCGUGCUCUUUAUCAGGAUGCUGAUAUAUAUCUCCUGGACGAUCCAUUCAGUGCUGUGGAUGCUCACACUGCCACAAGCUUGUUCAAUGAAUAUGUUAUGGAGGCACUAGCAAGGAAGACUGUCUUUCUGGUGACCCACCAAGUAGAUUUCUUGCCGGCAUUUGAUGCUGUUCUGUUGAUGUCAGAUGGAGAAAUCCUACGAGCAGCUCCUUACAACGAGUUGUUAUCAUCUAGCCGAGAGUUUCAGGAACUUGUUCAUGCUCACAAGGAGACAGCAGGCACCGAGAGGCUUGAAGAAGUUUCUUCUGCACAUAAAGCAGGAGGAUCAUCUUCCAGGGAGAUAAAGAAAACAUAUGUGGAAAACCAAACACAGGUGGCACAAGGAGAUCAACUUAUCAAGAAGGAAGAAAGAGAAACGGGAGAUACAGGGUUGAAGCCAUACAUUCAAUACCUGAAUCAAAACAAAGGAUAUCUCUACUUCUCCCUAGCAGCCAUUAGUCACCUCACGUUUGUGGCUAGUCAGGUAUCACAGAACUCGUGGAUGGCUGCCAACGUCGAUAAUCCAAACAUUAGCACGUUGAAGCUGAUCGGAGUUUACUUGCUAAUUGGAGUUGGCUCAACUGUGUUUCUCCUUAGCAGAGGAAUCUCCACUGUAAUACUUAAUAUGCAAUCUUCAAGGUCACUGUUCUCACAGCUUCUCAUCUCCCUCUUCAGAGCACCCAUGUCGUUCUAUGAUUCCACGCCUCUUGGACGAAUACUUAGCCGGGUGUCUUCUGAUCUCAGUAUUGUGGACCUCGAUGUACCAUUCUGCUUCAUUUUCACCGUUGGGGCGACCUCAAAUGCUUAUGCUAAUCUUGGAGUUCUGGCGGUUAUCACAUGGCAAGUCUUGUUUGUGUCCAUACCAAUGGUUUAUCUGGCAAUUCGUUUACAGAAAUACUAUUUCUCAUCUGCAAAAGAGUUUAUGCGGAUAAACGGUACCACCAAGUCCUACGUGGCAAAUCAUCUGGCGGAAUCUUUAGCAGGGGCAAUAACAAUACGUGCUUUCCGGCAAGAGGAACGUUUCUUUGCCAAAAAUUUAGACCUCAUUGACAAAAAUGCUAGUCCUUUCUUCCACAGCUUCACAGCAAACGAGUGGCUGAUUCAACGGUUAGAAACCAUGAGUGCAGCUGUUCUAGCUUCUGCAGCUCUCUGCAUGGUUCUGCUGCCUCCAGGGACUUUCAGCUCUGGGUUUAUUGGAAUGGCUCUCUCCUACGGUCUUUCCCUAAACAUGUCCCUUGUCUUUUCGAUUCAAAACCAAUGCACUUUAGCAAACUACAUCAUUUCAGUUGAAAGACUCAAUCAGUACAUGCAUAUACCCAGUGAAGCACCUGAAGUGAUUGAAGACAAUCGCCCCCCACCAUCCUGGCCAUCAGUGGGGAAAGUGGAAAUUUGUGACCUGAAGAUAAGGUAUAGGCCUGAAGCUCCACUUGUUCUCAAAGGGAUCAGUUGCACAUUCCAGGGAGGGCAUAAAAUUGGCAUCGUCGGGCGAACCGGCAGUGGGAAGACCACUCUCAUUGGUGCACUAUUCCGUCUGGUUGAGCCAGCAGUAGGCAAGAUUAUUGUGGAUGGUAUCGAUAUAACCAAGAUAGGACUUCAUGAUCUUAGGUCAAGAUUUGGAAUCAUACCUCAAGAUCCUACUUUGUUCAAUGGAACUGUGAGAUACAACUUGGACCCCUUAGCUCAGCACACUGACCAGGAGAUAUGGGAGGUACUUGGUAAGUGCCAACUUAGAGAGGUCGUCCAGGAAAAAGAAGAGGGAUUGGACUCCUUAGGUAAGUAUUUGUGGUAGCAAUUAACUUUAGGUUCUAGGUUUCUGAUCAAAGACUGAGUGACUAAGUUAUCAAUCGUCUUUAACAAACAGUUGUUGAGGAUGGAUCAAACUGGAGCAUGGGGCAGAGGCAGCUAUUCUGCUUGGGCCGAGCACUCCUAAGGAGAAGUCGAGUACUUGUUCUUGACGAGGCAACAGCUUCCAUUGACAAUGCAACUGACUUGAUAUUGCAGAAAACCAUUAGGACCGAGUUUGCAGAUUGCACAGUCAUCACAGUAGCUCACAGGAUACCAACCGUGAUGGACUGCACCAUGGUGCUCGCCAUUAAAGACGGGCAACUGGUGGAGUAUGAUGAGCCAAUGCAGCUAAUGAAGAGGGAAGACUCCUUGUUUGGGCAGCUUGUCAAAGAGUACUGGUCUCAUUCUCAAUCUUCAGAGUCCCAGUAACCCCCCAAAAAAGAACUUCUGAGAAGCCUUGUUGUGCCCUAAUUUUCCUUAGGAAUCGGCAACUAGACCUUCCCGGCUGUUGUAGCCUUGUAGAAAGUGUUGUAACUAAUGAGUAACUUGCAGACGAACUAGAAGCCUGUAGCGAGAGGGGAAUAUGGCAGAGCAUGGAAAGCUAGAAUUAGAUUUGUAGAAAUGGCUCCUAGCAAGAAAUUGAAUGUAAGCAAUCAAUUCAUGAAAAUAGCAAACACCCAUAUCACGCCAAAAUUUCUGCAAUCACAGGAAUAUCAUUUUGCUCAUUCACUAAACAGAAGACAACUGGGUCUGGUCAAAAAGCACUUUCAUUAACAUUCUCAAAGCUUCAUUGCAAUAGGCACACAGCAAAAACAAGGAAACAAAGCUCCAAAUGUGCAGUAAUGCAAGCAAAAGCAAAAACCAGAAAGGAAGAACUCUAAGGUCCUCCAAGAACAGCGUUCUCUAUAUCUUCCCUACUCAAAGCAUAACUGAACCUCCUCUCGACAUCCUUCUCGAGGCUCCCCGGUCCACUCUUCAAGUACCUGAUGUAAAGGUCGGUCAUGUCGAGCGAGAGCUGAGCGUGCCAGUCGGGCUUCUCCACCAACCAAACGGCGCGGUCUUCUUUGCUCUGGUGAAACCCCAGUUCCUCGAGCCAAGCCUCGAUGCAAGGCAGGCUGUGCGAGUAGAGCGGCUUCUUCUUGUCCGGAGCCCUCUUCCGCCAAUGGUCGUCCUCCUCCUCCUCCUCGCCCGCCGCCGCCGCGUCGUCCAACUCCGACGACCUACAGGGGAGUAGCUUAACCGCUUUACUCCGCCAAAAGGACGACGAAGCCCGCCGGUAAAAGGAAGAAGAAGAAGUGGGUAACGUGGGGAGCGAGCUGAAUUUGGAAGGAGGAGUUGAGAAGCGGAUGGAGAACGCUGUGGUGGUUCCGAUAAUGGAGGAAGAGAUGUACGACAUAGUAAUUGCGCCGAUGGAAUCUGUAAUUACGACUAUGGUUUCAUCUGAGUAGGCAAAAUUGGGAAGGGUUUCAAUGUUUCAGAGGGAAAGGGGAGGGAGGAACUGGCUGAGUUCAGUUUCUUAUCUUCAUCCCGCGCCCGAGAGUUAGCACUUAGCAGUAGCAGUGACCCGUGGUGUUCU